AUGAGCUCGCUCAAGAGCCCAAACAGCCCGAUCUCCCUCCGCUUCUCCGACAUCUCGCACAACACGAGUGGCCGCACCCACCUCAACAGCACCAAAGUGACGAUAUGCUGCACCUUCCGACCGCGCUGCCAUAGUGCGACACCGUGCAUCGGACACCUUGUCGUCGCGACAUCGCCCGACCACAUGACGCUGGAUGGCGCGGCUGAGCUCAUACCCACUCAAGUGUACACCAUCCAGGCCAUGUGUCUGCUAUCGACGCGGCGCUGGACUGCGUACGCCUGGGCGGAUGUGAGCGCGGCUGUGCCAUCCCGCACCAUGCGCCCGGGCAAUGGUCUCGACGCUAAGGCGUUCGGUGCACAGUGA